AUGGAGUUCUCAGAGCUUGAGGGCAUGCUGCGGCCCAUCCUGCAGGACGUGGUGCAGGAUGCCCCCUCCACAAGCAAGCCCGAUGGUGCAGCAUCCUCCGAUCAGCUGACGCAGAGAACUCUGGCGAGGCUGUGGAAGCUCAUAAACGACAGCAACGAAGACAGGGCUGGCCACCUAGCGGGCGUGCCGCUGCCUGAGGUGGACGCGGAGUUGCUGCCGCUGCAGCAGGAGGUCGACGCCGCCCUGGCGCGGCUCAACGCGCGGCGCCUGGCCGUGCCUGCAGUGGUGGAGGCCGCGACGCGCGCCAAGCUCGAGGCGCAGCGGGAGUCGCUGUUGCGCGAUACAGACCUUGCAGCAGCUGGUGACGGCGACGACCUCAUGGCUGAGGCCGGGGCCGUGGGCGCGGCGGGCGCUAGGGAGGGUGAGGGUGCGGGCGCCGCCACAGUUGGGGGUGCGGAGGACGCUCGGGAGCUGCUGCGGCGGACGACCGCCACCACGGACAGGCUGCCGGCCAUCAGGGCGCGGCUGGACGAGGCGCUUCACCGCCUGCAGACCAACCUGGGGGUCCUGGGGGCCGGCGAGGGCGGAGCACGGGCGUCGCCAAAGACGGUGGAGAGAGUGAUCAUGCGCGCCGCCCGCACCGCUGGAAAGGACGCGGGACAAGGGCCCCUGGGCGGCGCCGGGGGCGCACCCGCCGCGGCUGCGGCCGCCGAGGACGGCGACGCCGGGGAGAGCGGCGCCGACGCGACGCGGCGCUGCCUCGCGCGUGAGCUGGCGUGA